AUGUCAGUACGAACACGCUUUCUUCCGGAAGAUGUUCAAACAUACAAUGAUGUAGGCUUAUUUGACGAUGCCAUGGAAGACGAUACAAGUCAGCCUUCCAAUAUGAUCAUCAAUACGGUACCUCCAAUUAGAUCAAGCGGGGAGAUAGACCAGAUGGACCUUGAAGAGACUGUAGAGGAUGUCACAAGCCCGCCCGCCACAAGGACGGUUCUCGACAAGAGGGAAAGGCUGCAUGUACAAAAAAAGCAGGUCGUCAAUAAGACAUCGGACAAGCGUCGCAUUAAAGAAGUCGACUACUCAGAGACAUUGCGCCAGACCGUAUACAGUCAAGAGGAGCAGAUCAACACUAUGAGGCGUGAAAUGCAGAUGCAAAACGAUAUAAAAAAGCAGUGGGAAGCAGCUCUAAGAGAGCGGGAAGAGCAACUAGAAAAGGUCCACCAAGAACUCGAGACAAUGCAUGUUGACAUCGUGGCAUGGCAGGAGAACCACGCUCAGCAGCAAGAGAACCACGCCCAACAGCAGAAGCAACUUGAAGAUUAUAUCAGAGAAAGUCGCGAAACACUCAGCCAGGCGAAUCGCGAGGCAAUAGACGCUGGCAUGCAUAAAAUCCUGGAGGAAACUCACGAGCGAUUUACACAAGAAUUGAGGCGGCGAGAAGCAGAGCUGGGUGAAGAACUGGCCAGGCGAGAGGAAGAAUUAAGGAAAAGGAAAGAAGAAGAGUGUCGAGAACAAUCGAGUGCCAUCUUCACGGAGAUGGAAAGGAGACUACAGCAUGAAAUUGAGAAGUUGAAGGCGGAAAAAAGAAGAGACACAGGGCAGUCAUCCGCACCAUCCGCAAAACCGUCGUUAGGUACCCCAUGCCUUGAUGCGAUUAGAAGGAUAAAGAGAACUCGUGGAGUAUCACGCAGGACUCGCCUUGUAUCAAUAGUAGCAGAGGUGAACACCGAGGAAGUCCCUCGUGAAUCAUCCGAAGAAGAUGUACCACCACCUGAGCAGCACAAUCCAUUGCCUCGUGCCAGCCUCAGCAUGGAGGAUGCAAUCACAAGAGGUGUGGAGGCUGCACUGAGACGCGUUCUCGUCGACAAAGAAUUUUCGGGUCUCAAAAAGUGCAGUCCCCAGAGGAGAAAGACAGAGGAGGAAGAAGUACAGCGUGAAAAGGCAAGUGAAUCAAACUACGAAAGAGACUUCCUGCUGCCUAAGGUCACGGCAAAGGGUGUGCUGGAAACUCCCGCGGAGGUAGAGGAGAGGUUAAUCGUGAAGAAGGACGAAUUAUUGAAGAAAUAUCUCCGUAGAGCAACAGUUCUUGACCAUCUCGUUAAGCAGAAGACCGAUGAUAAAGAAGAGGACCUCCCAGCGUGGCAGUGGCUUCAGCAACUAGUGAAGACGUUGGGAGAAUGUGGUAUGAGUUCGGAAGAGAGCGAUUUGGAGAAUGAUAUUGAAACAGUCCUUCGGGUCAAGAACAUGGUAUGGCGUCGUGCGGUAGAACGCAAAUUGGAUAUCGUCGAUCACCAGAGGCUUGCGGAUGAUGAUAUAUUCGCCCCCCAAGGCUCAAAGCCAAUGAAAAGGAUACGCGCAGCCGGGAAUCCGAAGACCUCCAGGGUACCAGCUGAGGAAUUGCCAAAAGCCUUGUAUAGCGAAGAAUGGCUCAUGGGCCUCAGCAAACGUCAGGUCGAGAAGUUAUCAAUCUCAGACAAAAGAUUCAAAUGGAUGCAGGUUGCGGUAGUGUAG